GCCCAGUCCAGUAGACGCGAAGCAGAGUGCGUGCAAAGUACUUGUGCGUUUGUGUGUGUUACAUAGGAUAUUUUACAAAAACUCUGCCCAAUCUCUCAUGUUCACCCGCCAUGGUACAACCAGCCCUCGGAGCCGCCAGCCUGUGCCUACUGAUCUUCCUACUUACUGGGUGUCGGUGUAGAGGGUUCCACGUAGAGUUGAGGGCUCCAAGGUACGUGUCCUUCGGCAACUCUGCGCUCCUCAAGUGUGACUACAGCGUCUCAGAGGACGAGCUUCACAAGGUUGAGUGGCUCCAUCAGGGUCGCAAAAUCUGGCAGUACGUCAAGGGUCGCAGCCCUCCCUAUAGGAACUACACCACAUUGGGCUCCAUCAUUGAUUUAUCACUGAGUGACCGACAUCAGGUGCUGUUGACGAACCUCAACUUCGACGCCAGCGGCAUCUACACGUGCGAGGUAUCUACAGAGACGCCCAUCAUCUACACCAAGCCUUCAGAGGAGCUAGAGAUUACUGUCAUCAAAAACCAAAUGGAGGAGCCGCGGAUAACUUUUCGCAAGCCCGAGUACACCGUAGGUGACUGGCUACAGGUCAACUGUACUUCCGCCUCUGCUAGACCCACCCCUGACGUCACGUGGCUGAUAAAUGGGAAAAAGGUUGACGAAGCACUAAUAAGAUCGUUCACGGACCAAGUACCAUCCACGGUGACAGCCCAGCUGACUCUACAGCUGACAGAGGAACAUGUGGACGGCAUUGAGCUGACCUGCCUGGCGACCAUACCCAAGUAUCUGGGCAACGAGGUCCAUCAGAGCGAGUACGCCGACCACAAGGCGCAGUCAGUCAAAGUAUCUGGGCAACGAGGUCCAUCAGAGCGAGUACGCCGACCACAAAGCGCAGUCAGUCAAAGUAUCUGGGCAACGAGGUCCAUCAGAGUGAGUACGCCGACCACAAAGCGCAGUCAGUCAAAGUAUCUGGGCAACGAGGUCCAUCAGAGUGAGUACGCCGACCACAAAGCGCAGUCAGUCAAAGUAUCUGGGCAACGAGGUCCAUCAGAGCGAGUACGCCGACCACAAGGCGCAGUCAGUCAAAGUAUCUGGGCAACGAGGUCCAUCAGAGUGAGUACGCCGACCACAAAGCGCAGUCAGUCAAAGGUAAGUGAAUAUUACACAGUAGAGGUAAUUCAUCAACUAUAUUCAUACCCAAGUAUCUGGGCAACGAGGUCCAUCAGAGUGAGUACGCCGACCACAAAGCGCAGUCAGUCAAAGUAUCUGGGCAACGAGGUCCAUCAGAGCGAGUACGCCGACCACAAGGCGCAGUCAGUCAAAGUAUCUGGGCAACGAGGUCCAUCAGAGCGAGUACGCGUACCACAAGGCGCAGUCAGUCAAAGUAGAGGUCAUUCAUCAACUAUAUUCAUACCCAAGUAUCUGGGCAACGAGGUCCAUCAGAGUGAGUACGCCGACCACAAGGCGCAGUCAGUCAAAGGUAAGUGGAUAUAA